AUGUCGGUUAACGCUGCCAGCAGAACAUCAAGCAAGGUUUUGCGAGUUAGCAAGAGUUUCUCUUCGGCGAUAACGAUAACGCCUGAUGAGCUAACAGGAAUAAUCCACGGACAGGAUAAGAAGGUGGAAGAAACGACGAGGACCUAUCCCAAGGCCUACGAAGAGAUUCCGGGACCCAAGGAGCUGCCCUUAAUAGGAAAUGCUUGGAGAUUUGCACCCUUCAUAGGACAAUACAAGAUUCAUGAAUUGGAUAAAGUAAUGAUGUCUCUACAUAAGGAUUUUGGAAAUGUGGUCCGUGUUGGUGGAUUAGUGGGUCAUCCAGACCUCUUAUUCGUUUUUGAUGGUGAGGAAAUUCGACGUGUUUUCAGGAGAGAAGAAACUCUUCCACACAGACCAUCUAUGCCUUCUUUGCAUCACUAUAAAGCAGUGCUGCGCAAGGAUUUUUUUGGUAAAGACGCUGGUAUCAUUGGAGUGCAUGGUGAAAAAUGGGACGCAUUUAGAGCUCAAGUUCAACAACUAAUGUUGCAACCUGCAACUGCAAAACGAUUUGUUGGACCUCUGGAUGAAAUUGCAGGAGAUUUUAUGCAAAGGAUUCAUGAGAUGAGAGAUGGAAAUCAGGAAUUACCUGGAAACUUUUUAGGUGAACUAUACAAAUGGGCUUUAGAAUCAAUUGGACGGGUGGCAUUAGAUACAAGACUAGGAUGCUUAUCGCGGGAUUUGGAACCAAAUUCAGAACCACAAAGAAUUAUAAGCGCUAUAAACACAUUCUUCUGGAACGUUGCUGAAGUAGAGCUUCGAGUACCUCUUUGGAGAAUUUAUCCCACGAAGAGUUAUAGGAAAUAUAUAGGAGCUUUAGAUGAGUUCAGAGAAUUGUGCAUGAAGUACAUAUCGAUAGCGAUGGAAAAUAUGGACAAAUCAAAUGCCUCUGGUAAUUACUCUAUAGUUCAGAAAAUCCUAAACGAGACAUCAAAUCCAAAAUUGGCUGCUGUUUUGGCACUUGAUCUCCUACUGGUGGGCGUAGAUACGACAUCUGUAGCCAUGACUACGACCAUAUAUCAACUAUCACAGAACCAGGAGAAGCAAAGGAGACUACGCGAUGAAUUGAAAUCCAUAUUACCCACACCGGGCACCCCGAUCGAUGUUCAGGCUUUGGAAAAGAUGCAGUAUCUGAAAGCCUGCAUCAAAGAGGCUUUGAGAAUGAAGCCUGUUAUUCUGGGAAAUGGCAGAAGCUUGCAGUCAGAAGCAGUCGUAGGCGGAUACAAAGUUCCAAAAGGCACCCAUGUGAUUUUCCCUCACUACGUUGUGAGCAACGAGGAGAGGUAUUUCAAAGAACCAGAACAAUUUAGGCCCGAACGAUGGUUAAAGGCCAGGAAUGCAUGCCCUCACGCCGACCAGGAGGCCAGGACGGAAGAUCAAAUACAUCCUUUCGUUUCGCUUCCGUUUGGAUAUGGAAGGAGGACGUGCUUGGGCAGAAGAUUUGCGGAAGCGGAAUUACAAAUAUUAUUAGCAAAGAUUUUCCGAAAAUAUGACGUCCAGUACAACUAUGGACAAUUAACAUACAAAGUAUCCCCUACAUACAUUCCUGUGGAGCCAUUGAAAUUCAAAUUAACUGAAUUAAGUUAG